AGGAGAGCUCCCAGUGGACGUCAGCUGGCUGAGCAGAGCAGCAGGAGAAGAAGGAGAAGGUGUUACUGCUGGAGACAUAUACUGUUUUUGUUUGGCAGGGAGGAAUCACACUAUAAGUUUAAGUGUAGACAUGUUUGACACUUCUCACUAUCCAUUCAACUGUUUCAACUAUGAUGGAGACGCGUACGCUUCCUGUAGCACAGACCAGGAGAAGAAGAUGUGCCGGCCCGCCUACAGCUACAUUGCCCUGAUCGCCAUGGCGAUCCAGCAGAGUCCCGAACAGAGGGUUACCCUGUCAGGCAUCUAUGAGUUUAUCAUGAGGAGGUUCCCAUACUACCGCUCCAACCAGAGAGCCUGGCAGAACUCCAUCAGACAUAACCUAUCGCUCAACAGUUGCUUCAUCAAGGUUCCCAGGACGGAGGGAAACGAGAAAGGAAAAGGAAACUUUUGGACUUUUGCCACAGGAUGCGAAUCCAUGCUUGACCUCUUUGAAAACGGCAACUUCCGGCGUCGGAGGCGCAGGCGGAACAUGAAAAUCAGCCUUCGCGAUUCAGGAGAGGCUCCGCUCCGGCCUGCGGAAAGCCAUGGCAAGCAGCUCGCGCCUGCGGUCCGCCGCCCCGAGGCGGACUCUACCCUUUGCCCUUUAAACCCCGAGAGGCCUCGGCCGUGCCCCACGCCUAACCCCCUCGCCCCGAAACCGGAGUCAGAGAUCAAGUUCAGCAUUGACUACAUCCUGUCUACGCCGGACCCACCCGUGCCUGGGAUCAGAUCCUCCCACAUAAGCCCUGUGCACAUAGGCCCGGCAGGACCACACAUACAUGUUCUGGAGCCCCAACACCUGAACCUGCACUUCUGGACCCUGUGAGGUCAAAACUGGCACAAACUGGGAGGACGUCCAAAGACAAUAGUCAUUUAAUUGACUUGAAACUGUAAUUAAAUGAGCGACAAAGUAGAAAGGUACAGUUCAUUAUGUUGGCUUGCAACACAGAAAGACAAAAAGAACAACACUGAAUUCAUAUUGUCAUUCAUGCAUACAGUAUGCACAGAGCAGCGUGUGACCGUCGACGGUAGUCUUCCAUACACAUACAGUACAUGAGAUGAAAUACUGUGGGGUUGUUUUGACAUUUACUGGAUUAUUUUGGAUCAAAAACCUUUAUUUUCUUCCUCCUUUCACCAAAGCAUAGUUUAAAUUAAAAUUUAAACUAUAAGAUUUUUCAAUUACUGUCUUUUGUUGACACAAAGUCAAGCGGAACAAAUAGCAAAAUAUCUGCGGAAAAUGUUGAUGGUUAUCAAUCAUAUACCAUGUUCAGAAGAUAGAAUGUCCAAGUUUUCCCAACAUUCACACAUAAACUGUACUGUACACAUGGUUUAAUUACUGGCAGUACAUACAAGAUGCAACUGAAGUUAUUCACAUAGGUAAUUUAAAAAAAAAAAAAAAAAUGUAUACUAAGGUAAACGGUACUGAGACUUUAAUGUGUUGAGACAAAUUAAAACCUAUAAAAUCAUACAAAAAGCUGAGUCUCAUAAAAUAUUCAAAAUCAACUAUUUUCCAAAACCAGUGUAAUCAUUUUCAUACUUAUUUUGAACAUACUAAAAUAUAAACAGUAUAUAAUAGUUUUUGGGCAGCAUGGUGUAAUAUGGUGGUUAGCACAUUUGCCUCCCAAUUCUGAGGUUCUUUGUCUGAAUCUCGGCUCAUUCCUUCCUGUGUGGCGUGUGCAUUUUGUCCCCGGGCUUACGUGGGUUUUCCCCGGGUACUCCGGCUUCCUCCCACAUUCCAAAAACAGGAAUAAUAGGAUCAGUGGAGACUCGAAAUUGUCAUUAGGUGAGUGUGACUGGCAGUUUGUCCAUAUGUGCACUGCUCAUUUGUGACCCUGAUAAGGACAAGCACUAAAAUGAUGGAUAAAUGUUAGUUUCCUACUCAAAACAGUGGACUACAUUUUCUAUGAAAUUCUGCUACGAUCCUCAUUCUUCAUGUCAGUACAUUUUGGGUAAAUUGUGUCAAAAGUGGGGUCUAGUGGUACAUUUGCUUGACUUCAGGGCAGGCCGCGUGAUUCCGUUUCCACUUAGUGAUGGUGUGAACGUGAGGGUGAAUCGUGGUCUUUCUCUUCUCUAUAUGUGGCCUGUGAUUGACUCAAAAAUAGCUGACAACCUAAACAUUAAAGCUACAUGAAAGUUGUUUAUGCUGAAAACUGUGCUAAGGAACAACUCGAACCUUUUAUGGCAUCCUUGUGCUAUUUUGAACAUGUUACCAAAUUAUAGUACUUCCUCCACUAAGGCGACAUAGCAAAAUAAUAUGUUCAUACUCUUGACUAUUCCAUGCAGAACAAGUUGUAGAUAUCUAUCAAUACUUAUCAAUAUCAAGCCAUCCAUUUUCCAUAGCUUGCCCUCAUUAGGGUUGCAUUUUAGAUGGAGCCUAUUCCAUCUGAUUUUGAGCAAAGGGGAAAUUGCCUACAGUGUGUUGACCAACAAACAUUCACACCAAUAGGUAAUUUACUCUUCAAUGAACUGGUUUUGGAAUGUGGAAGAAAUGGUGAAAAUACACACCACACAGGUGGCCCUGAACUGAGAUUCGAACCCAGAACCUCUUGAAUGUGAAGCACACAUGCUUACCCCUUUUCACCGGGGUGCCCAUACAGAUUAAUAUACAGCGGUGCCUUGAGAUACGAGUAAUUUGUUGCGUGACAGUUGAAUCGUAAAUGAUCAUUUCCCAUUGAAAUGAAUGGAAAUAACAUUAUUCCGUUACAGCCUUCCCCCUGAAAGAAAUAAAAAAUAAAAUUGUUAUAACUUGUACUUUAAUGAGUAAAAUAGCACCCCAUUACAUUGUGCUUCAUAAAAACAUACAGUAAUGACAUAAGUAAAAGGAAUUAAAAAUAAUUAAGCCGUUUUUGUCACACUGCAUCAGUAGAAUGGCCAUUGUGCUGCUCUUUCUGGUGUGCCCACCUUGCCCACCAGUAGAAGCCAGACAGAGAUACUAUAUACCGAUAUACUGUUCAUUGAGAUGGGCCACUCGUCAUAGUUCAUCAGUACGCCACUAAUAUUAGUUGUUCUAUGCAUAGGAUAAAGAACAUAUGACUGAGUAGUGUUAUAUUUUCUGUAAAUCUGUUGCUUAAAAGGUUAUAGCACCACAACAUCCAAGUUGAUGCUAUUCGGUGGUAGCAUUAAGCUAGCAGACCGAAAGGUGAAGCUAUGUGGUUUUAAAUACACAAAGUGAAAUUUGCUUUGUUUGAUGUUUAGUUUGACAGUAAACUUCAACAGGGAGUGUCAAUAAACAGCUUGAGGCCUCUUUUUUGAAAAUGUGUUCACUAUUUGCCAAACUGCUGCUUAAUGUGAAAUCUCUGCCACCAUACAGUGCUCAUAAAUCUGAAGUCUACGCUUGCAAGUCAAAGCAAAAAAAAUCUUCCGAACGACAGCUCGUAAGUCGAGUUACUCAUAUUUCAAGGCCCCACUGUAGUUUAGAUGAACUUGAAAGUGGCGUUUUGUCAGUAGGAAUGUUAGUUUUCUGGAAUGCAGUGGGGGGAAAAAAUGCACAAAGGCAUCUCAAAAUUAAUAUGUAGCGUGCAGGCGGACAUGACGGCAGCCUGUUACGACCCCGCUUGCCACGCCUCCUGCCAAAUUUAAUUCUUUGUUGGUGACCUUUGGAAAUCCUGAUUGACUGACACUUAAAUUCUAAUCCACUCGCUCCUUAUUAUAACACAUGAUAUGCACCUUUUUUGCUAAUGAAAACAAACAAACAAAAAACAGGUCUGGCAAACACAUAUUUCCUACGUGAGGGAGAUCAAUCAUACUUGUGUGCUGCUGAAGGGACAUUUUUCAAUUUAACCUUCAUAUAAUGUGUUGACUACAUCAGAGAACACACUUAACAUGAGUGGCAUUUAAUAUAGCAUAACACUUGCAAGGUGAGGCCCAGAUGUGACCCUAUUUAAAUAGUGAGGGGGGUUGUGGCUGAGCUUUAACAACGUUGUCCCCCCCACCCCCAUUUCCUUUAUACACACGCCAACAAACCCCUGAUGCUAUUCUAAUUAAACACAACUUCUGCCUCUUUUACAAAUGCCCCUCAUCGAUCUGCGGGAUUUUGUGUGUGUGCGUGAGGUGCCCCCCAGCAAACGUCUGCAGCAGCGCGAGUUUAUGGAUCAGCAAGUUUCCAUUAAGAAAGUUGUUGACGUCGAAUAGCAGGCCACGCCGUGGAUAUAUUUGGGUAAAUUAACUUAGCAUAAAGUGCUCCGAGGCUACAGGGGCCAGUACCAACUUGAAAAGUCGACAUAUUGUGCUGUGAGAGAUUGGGAGAAUGUGGCACUACUGGCCUAUUAAAUAACCACACGCCCUUAAAAUCCUGCAGUAUCUUGAGUCAUAAUUGCUGACGCCGAUCACACUUUCCAUUUAGAUGUUGAUAACUUCAUUAAAUGCGUAAAAUGAGCACCUCUGGGUGAGAGGAAGUAAGUGUUGCAGGUCAGAUUGAAGCCAUUGAUGUGCGUCGUUAAUAAAAUCAUAAACACAAAUGGGUCAUUUAGUUUGAAGUGAUUAUAAUGAAGCUGUGUCAGAAUUGGGUAGGAUAAAAAAUUGACAAUUAUUUAUAUUAGUUGUGAUGAGGAUGUUUUCUUCACAGUAUGAUGCAGGGAAUUAAAGAGAAUUAUGGAAAGCCGUUUGAGCAUUUAUUCGAUAUACUUGAUAUCCAUCUUAAGGUCCAUGUACUAGUACACUCUUUUUCCUUACAAGUAAAACCAGACACGUGCACACAUUUUAUGAGGGCAGUUCCUCAAGCUAAAAAAGGGCACCCAUUGCAAAAAGUAUUCACACAAUUAAGAAAAUCAGUACUAUUUAACUUGUAUUUGACUAUGUAUUUAUUUCUGUUAACACAAUCAACAGUCCAUAAUACCACU